AUGUCAUCAUCUGAUAAGCCAAAAACAGAAGAAAAAGGAGCAAAAAAGAAAGAAACUACAGAAGCUGAAGACGGUGGAUUUCUUGGGAAGGUAAAGGGUUUCUUUUAUGACAUUGGUGAGAAGAUUGAAGACAAAGUAAGGUUUGGAAAACCAACUGCAGAACUUGCAGCGAUUCAUAUUACUAAAAUCAAUCUUAAGCAGGCUGAUCUUGUUGUUGAUGUAAUUGUCACAAACCAAAAUCCUGUUCCAAUCCCUUUAGUCGACAUUAAGUACUUGGUGGAGAGCAAUGAACGAAAACUAGCGUCUGGGUUGAUUUCGGAUGCUAGAACAAUUCAUGCACGUGGUUCCGAGAUUAUUAAAAUACCAUUAACCAUUGUAUAUGAUGACAUAAAGAAGGUAUAUGCUGAUAUAGAACCAGGAAUCAUGUUACCAUACAAGGUCAAAGUUGACUUGAUUGUGGAUGUGCCAGUCAUCGGUAAGGUGUCUCUGCCUCUAGAGAAAACUGGUGAAAUCCCGGUACCUUACAGGCCUGAUGUUUACAUUGAAAAGAUUCACUUUGAAGAAUUCUCCUUUGAAGAGACGGUAGCAAUUCUCCAUCUAAAGUUGGACAACAAGAAUGACUUUGACUUGGGACUUAAUCAACUAAAAUAUGAGAUUUGGUUAUGCGAUGUGAGCAUCGGAGGAGCCAAGCUUACAAAAAGUGCGAAAAUUGUGAAAAAUGAUAUCAGUGAGAUUGAAAUCCCACUCAACUUUAGGCCCAAGGACUGUGGUUCUGCUAUGUGGGACAUGAUUAGAGGAAAAGGGACUGGUUACUCCAUAAAAGGACAUAUUGAUGUGGAUACACCCUAUGGAAAGAUGAAGCUGCCCAUCGAAAAGGUUGGUGGAACAACCACGUUUAAGAACAAAGACGUCGGAGAGGUCAUCCAACCCAAGGUAGUUUGA